CAUAUAUAGUGUAUUGAAUCGACUUUAGAAUAUUUUCAUUUCGGGAUGUGAUGUUCAUUGUGUUCCUAGAGCAUUAUUCAACUAUAUAAUGGUGUUUAAGAAGUCUUUCAAACUUAAUACAAAAGACCACUUCAAGGAAAGAAGUAACAAUAAUGUAAAAUAUGAUAUGAAACCAGAUGGCGGUUGGGGAUGGAUUGUCACAUGUGCUAUGUGCCUAUGUUUAUGUUUAUCAACAGCAUUAAGAUCGAGUAUUGGAAUAUUAUACACAUAUAUGAUAGAUGAAUUCGGAUUUGAUUUAACAGUGUUAAGUAUUAUAGGUUCAAUAAAUGGUGCUGUAUCCUAUACUGGAGCUUUCUUCACAGUGCCCCUUAUAGAACGAUUUGGUAUAAGACGGGUGCUAUGCGUUGGUGGAUUGAUACAGUUUACAGGAUGCUUGAUGUCAGCUUUUGCUUCCUCCUUUGUCCUUCUACUGAUAUCUCUAUCUAUUAUAUCGGGACUGGGAAAUGCCUUAACAUAUGUUACUGGUGUAGUAGCUAUUGAUGCUUAUUUUGAUAAAAAGAAGUCUAUAGCUGUUUCAAUUGCAACCACUGGUAUUUCCCUAAGUCGAAUAAUAUUCCCAUCUACGGUUGAGUUCCUCCUUUCAAAAUAUGGAUUCAGCGAUGCAAUGAUGAUAUUUUCCGCUAUUUUGUUGAACUUUGUUGUAUGUGGAGCAGUUGUUUUCCCGCAAAGAUUAGUCAGUCAAGAAGUUGUCUCAUCAAAAACAGAGAAGCUAGAAAAGGACAUGGCGUUUUGUAAAAACACGGGUUUUAUAUUAUAUGUACUUGCAAGUUUCUUAUAUAGCCUUGGUAUUUUACUUCCUGUAGGUUUUAUACCUGAAACUGCUUCAGCUAGAGGAAUAAGUGUAGCAAGUGUUUCCCUUACAUUUGUUGGAAGUGGCAUUAUGGACAUAUUAGGACGCAUUUCUUUUGGAAUUAUAUCACAUAGGUAUUCAUUCUAUGUAUGUAAAAUAUGGAGCGCCUGUUUGGCAGGGUUUGGACUGUCUAUGCUGAUCGUUCCAUUUUCCAACCAAUUGUAUCAGUUUCUUUUAUUCAACUUAUUAAAUGGGUUGCUAAAUGGGGGUGUGAAUCUAGGAUAUGCGUUGGCAAUUAAAAACAUAACAGAACCUAAAUAUUAUGGUCGAGGAAUAAGUAUGUCCUUGGUUAUGCAGGGUCUUGGUAUACUUGCAGGAAAUCCAUUAGCAGCGUAUCUACAAGAAAUAAUUGGCAAUGAGAAUGUACCUUAUUACUUUGGCACAAUUAUUUUCAUCAUGACAGCUUUAGUUUUACUACCGUUUUCCGGAUCUAGACAACAUGACGUGAGCACAAUUGAGAUCAAAGUAUCUGAACAUCAUCUUGGUGAAAAUGACAGUAAACAUUAACAACAGUAAUAUUUAGAAACUUUUCUGGUUUAAUUGAAGAUUCAAUACCAUUUAUUGAACUAUAAAUGCAAAUGUUAUAACCAUAUAUUAUGGAUUAAUUUCAAUGAAAUAUUUUGCUGUUUAUACAUAAUAAUGAAGCUUAUAUUUUAAGUAUGCAUAUCAAAAGAUGUGAUGUGUUUGUCACUGAAACAUCAUUUGGUUUACAAUAAUAUACACAUUAAUAUAUAUGCAACAGCCCUAGCUUUUGCAAAUUGUCAUUAUAAUAAACAAAGAUGAUGAAUAAAUCUACUAUAAUUACUAAUUUCUUUGUUGGACAAAAUACCAAGAUGUCAAAGAUGACAGCAAAUGAAAGUUUGGAUUACCUACUUAAAUAUGUCUUGGGUUAAACUAGCCUUCUUGAUAUCACCCAACCCCACCAAUAUUAUCAGCUUUGAAAUGUAACCCACAACAAUGAAAAUUGCACAAAAUUAAAAUUUACUGGAACAUAAACAAUUACAGUAGUAUUAAAUACAUCAAACCACAACUACGAGUAAUCAAUGCUUAAUAAUAAUGUAUCAAAUGAUGUAUGUAAAUACUGAGAGGCAACUCAAAUAUCUUGUCCAUUUUAUAUAAUGCUCUCUAUAUGCAACCAACAUCCUAAAAUAGAAAACAUCCUCCUAUAAAAAUAAAUUUUAAAAGGCGAACACAACGAAUAAAACAACUGUUAUACAGAUUCAUAAGACA